UCUUCGAUGAUUCGAGAGAUUCUCGUGAUCAGUUCCCUUGAGUGAUCCGUUCGAAUCAGACCCAAUCUGGAUUGUGAUUAUAGACGCGUGCGGCGUGUGUGUUUUGCUUCUGAAACCCGGAUAUCUUCUGUUUUAAGUAGCAGUUGCAGGAAGAUCUUCGCGUAGCAAAAGUGAACGAGCCUAGCUAGCUGUAGUAGAAGCUAGACGACGAACUCGAACUUAAAAACGCGGAAGGUGAGCCAGCUUGUAAAAGUUAUAGCCAAGCGGCGCAAAAGUGAAUCCAAAAAGUGUGCUGCGUGCUUUUGAGUGUAUCUGUUAGUUGUUGACCGGAGAGCGCAUAUGUAUAUGAAGGAAUCCACCUUCUGACCGCAGCUCGGCCAGUCAAUUGAACAACAACCUCGGCGGGUCCAUUCAGCUCUCUUCAAUAUAUCAUCAUCAACACACCGUCGAGUCAUAAGCAAAAUCGCUUUCCCCUUUCUUGAGCUAGUGAGCGAGUGCGUGUUUUUUUAUUCAAUCGCUUUGGAUCGACGAAUAACCUUCCAAAAGUUUACGAUUGUUUUGUUGGAAUCGGUGCAGUAAGAAAAAAAAAAACAGUGCAAUUACUGAAAAUUACUCAGUUUUUUUUGUGUUGUUAAGAAUUGUGUAGAAGUUUUUUGGUUUGAAAGUGACCGGGGGAUAAAGUGCCAUUAGUUUUGUGAAGCAACUUGCUUGGAAGAAGAGUUUUACCUCGUGUGAUAGGUGAUAUGAUGGUUUCGGUCGACGGAAGUAGCACUACCGGUGAUCCGGCUUCCGGGUCUUCCGGGAUUGCUGUCAUUUCGACUGGUAGGAUCGAGGAAAUCAGUUCCGAUCAGCAGCAGCAACAGCAGCAUAACUCGGAUGUUGCUGACGGAAUCCAGGGUCAGAAGGGUGGUCCAAUGAUCAACAAAAUGUUCAGCUGGGCUACGGACGCGCCAGUUGCCAAUGGCAGCGAGACGAGCGUGGCGACGAUCGACGAUGGCGGAACGAUGUGGGCCCGGCAGCAGCAUGCCGUUUCGGUGCGGCAUGCCUUCAAACAGUACGGCUCCAAGAAGAAGCCGAACCAGGUGCUCUCGAACCUAAACAUGACAGUUGCCAAAGGAACAAUCUAUGGACUUCUAGGAGCAUCCGGGUGCGGUAAAACGACACUGCUAUCCUGCAUAGUGGGGCGAAAGCGACUGAAUGCCGGCGAAAUCUGGGUGCUCGGUGGCAAACCGGGAACGAAAGGAUCCGGAGUACCGGGUAGACGAGUCGGGUACAUGCCACAGGAAAUCGCUCUAUACGGGGAGUUCUCGAUUCGGGAAACGAUGAUGUACUUCGGGUGGAUCUUCGGCAUGCAGACGUCGGAAAUUGCCGAACGGUUAAAGUUCUUGCUCAAUUUCCUCGAUCUGCCGUCCGAAUCAAGAUUGGUAAAGAAUUUGAGUGGUGGUCAGCAGCGAAGAGUAUCCUUUGCGGUGGCUUUGAUGCACGAUCCGGAGCUGCUGAUUCUGGAUGAACCGACCGUCGGUGUCGAUCCCUUACUUAGGCAAAGUAUAUGGAACCAUCUGGUGCACAUUACCAAGGCUGGACAGAAGACAGUCAUCAUCACCACACAUUACAUCGAAGAGGCUCGGCAAGCGCAUACGAUCGGUUUGAUGCGUUCGGGGCGCCUCCUAGCGGAAGAAUCACCAGCCUGUCUGCUGUCGAUGUAUCGCUGUAGUAGUCUCGAGGAUGUCUUCUUGAAGUUGUCUCGCAAGCAAGGACAACAGAAUGCCGCCCCGGCUGAGCUUAACAUUAGCAAUAACAUUUCACUGUCCGCGCUGGCGUUCGGCAAGGCCAAGGACAAUCCCGUGUACGUGAGUCAGGAAAGCGGAGUCGUAGGUUUAAAUUUCCAUCAAAGUAAAGAAGUACUCAUUAGUGAUAGCAACGGCUCAACGUACGGUAUCAAUGGCCUGAACGGAUCCCCACCAGGAGCAAUCAGCCAAGCAGUGGAAUGCGACGACUGUGCCGAUUGUUCAGAUUGCAUGAAUUUAUCGACCAAGGGCAAACUGCGGGCACUGUUGGCGAAAAAUUUCCUGAGGAUGUGGCGAAACGUGGGCGUGAUGUUGUUCAUCUUCGCACUGCCGGUAAUGCAGGUCAUUCUGUUCUGUCUUGCGAUCGGGCGUGAUCCCACCAAUCUGAAUAUGGCCAUCGUCAACGGAGAAAUGAACUCGUCGCUGACCGGGGAGUGUGUUUUCGAUGCGGGCUGCAGCUUUUCGAACCUUUCCUGCCGCUAUCUGAACCAUCUGAAUGACACGAUAGUGAAAAACUAUUAUCCGGAUCUGGACUCGGCGCUCGAUGCGGUACGGCAAGGCAAUGCCUGGGGAGCGCUCUACUUUACCAACAACUUUACCGAUGCACUGGUCGCGCGAAUUGCGUUAGGUCGCGAUUCGGACGAUGAAACCCUGGACCAGUCGGAGAUUCGGGUUUGGCUGGACAUGUCUAACCAACAGAUCGGUAUCAUGCUGAACCGGGAUCUGCAGGUCGCCUAUCGGGAAUUUGCCCAGGAGCUGCUGCGGGUUUGCGACAACAAUCCCAAGCUCGGUGACGUCCCUAUUCAGUUCAAGGAACCGAUCUACGGUACCAAUGACCCCUCGUUUACUGAUUUCGUAGCCCCCGGUGUAAUUUUGACAAUUGUAUUCUUCUUGGCCGUGGCUUUGACCUCAUCAGCGCUGAUUAUUGAGAGAACCGAAGGUCUUCUGGAUCGAUCCUGGGUUGCCGGUGUGUCUCCCGGUGAAAUCCUGUUCUCCCAUGUGGUUACCCAGUUUGUGGUUAUGUGCGGCCAGACUGCCUUGGUGCUCGUCUUCAUGAUUGUGGUCUUUGGUGUUACGAACAACGGAGAAAUUACCUGGAUCGUGCUGCUAACAAUUCUGCAGGGUCUGUGUGGCAUGUGCUUCGGAUUCGUCAUUUCGGCCAUCUGCGAGCUUGAGCGGAAUGCCAUCCAGCUGGCCCUAGGAUCCUUCUACCCGACGCUGCUACUGUCCGGUGUCAUCUGGCCCAUCGAAGGUAUGCCGGUGGUAUUGCGUUACGUGUCCCUGUGCCUGCCUCUGACCCUGGCCACAUCGUCGCUACGAUCGAUUCUGACCCGUGGCUGGAGCAUAACGGACGAAAACGUCUACAUGGGCUUCGUUUCGACGAUAGCCUGGAUUGCCCUGUUCUUAAUCGUAACGAUACUGGUGUUGAAGUUCAAGCGAGGUUAAACUAGCUAGGUAGCUCUUAAGGACAAAUUUUCUGUAUGUAAAACUCUAGCAUUCAUUAAUUUAUAUGAAAGCGCAUGCAUCUUUAUCGACUUUGUGUGUGUGUGAUCGUCGUCGUUCAUGGGGUUGUACUUUUCGGGUGGAGGAAAUUUACAAAGCCCUUCAGCAACCAAUCCGUCCAUAGUUGAGCUGGUGAGUUUCCACGAAUUUGAAAAAAAAACACAAAAGAAGAGCCCCGCUCCACCAUAUCCGUUUAAUGCGGAAGAAAUUCGACGACAUUUGCCAGUUCAACCAUCGAUUAGAGUAAACAAAAAAUUCCGAUCUAUCAAGGAAUGACCCAAGGUCUGAAGCUCAUCUUGUUCGUAUUUAGCUUUUUUAUUUUAAACCAGCAACACUUGUUUGAUCUUUUCAUCAUUUUUCCUCGUACACCUUCUUAAGAAGCAAGAGCUUCUAGAAAACAUCGCACAGCUCUAUUGGCAGUCAAAGGAACCCCCCAAAUCCCUUUCCCCCAUACUAUAAGCCUGAAUUUUAUUUGCUCAAUUUUUAGUUAUCAACUUUUAAUUCCGAAUUAGUCCAAUGCCACAAAAAAAGACAUGCAAUCAAACGUCGUCCCACUUCAGUCAGUUUAACAAGAAAUAGAUCCAAUUUAUUUCCCUUCCGAUAAUCCUCGCUCGAAGGAUUAUCUCGAACGAAAUAGAACGACAUCGAAAAAAACAAACAAACAAAAUCCGUCAACCAGCAAUAGUUUUCCACCCAGGCGAUGGAUGCAAUGUAAACAAUUAAUGAUCUGUGAUGAUACAUAUUUUUGUCUAUUUUUUAUAAACAUGUAAUUUUCUCUUAGAUUCUGUUUUUAUAACGUGUAACAGGAAUGUAGUGAGAGAGUUUUUGUGUUAAAAAAAUGUGUUGAAACUGAUUGAAAAAAGCAAACCAUAGACUUAAUGAAAGAAAAAAAGUAACAUUACCUAGGAAUAAAUUUUUAUAAAACUCUCUGGAGAUAACUCUUUUCAGCUGUUCCCAAAUAAUGGAGUAGAAAACAAAACAAUCAACAAUGAGAGAAAAUGAAAUGGCACGUGGUAAUCAUCCUCUGUCGUCUCGUGUAAAGUAGUAGUUUGUAGUUGAAAAAGAUUGUUGAUAAGUUUUGCGAGAAAAUGAGUAAGUUCGUUUUCUUUCCGGAGUUUUCCAUUCCUAGAGCCACACCCUAUAAACGCAUAUGUAAUCUCUAGUUUUUUUUUUCAAGUAACUUGUGAAGGGUUAAUCAGACACUCGUAUCUAAAACAAAAUUUGAAUCUGAGGGUUGCCCUCUUUCUCGGGCAAUCGGUUAGCUAUUUACCUACCUUUGUUAUUUUAACUUUGUCUUAACCAUAGUCACGGUUCACGAACAAAAAAUAACCCCGAAAAAUCGUGUCACUUUUAAAAAACACUCUAUUCGAUUCGUGACCACUUUUUCGCUGCUUGGUAGCGCGCUGUGCAUUUUCGCGCCACGGCUAUCGAACUAUUCGGAUCGGUCCAAUUAUUAGAAUAGUUUAGGUAAACGAAAGAAAAAUCAACAUUAUUAAGACAUCUUGUAGUACCACCUACAUACUUACAUAAAUUGUUUUGAAACAACGACUCUAGACAGGUUCUUAUCUUUCUUUUUAUUUAGUAAACAGUGAAUUAAAAUGGGACAGACAUAUCGUACAUGAAAAUGGAUAAAAUUAAGGACAAUCUAUAAGGAGGAAUGUGAAUAAAAUAACCUUAAAA